AUGAGGGUCCCAGAUCCAAAUUACAUUUACAACGGUCUUGGCGAUCGUGAAAGAGUCUUACUGCCACAUUUCUGGCGUCGCCUUCGAGAUACAUAUUGGGAGGAUGAUUUUGAGAACCCUAAACUUAACUUAUACAAUCCGCAGCUGGUUUCGUUCAGGCAAAAGUCUUAUGAUUCAGCAUCAAUAUCCUCCGUCUCAACUGACGCUUCGACCAAGCCAUUACUCGAUCUACCUUUGCGCACAAAAGAAAAUAAAGUUACGGUCGAAAAUAUAAAGGAUGAAUAUGAUAUUAAUGCCCAGCCGGGACCUUCAACCGAGGCGAAAGAGACGCCGAAGAAUUCUGCACCGAAGGUUCUCGAGAACUUUUUGCAGCAUAUGGGACAUAAAUCGCUUGAUGAUUAUAAAUCAUACAGAGCCGCUCCACUCACAGAUAUCUCGCACCCAGACAUAGGAACUAGCUCCGCUCUUCUAUCAAAAGAUACCCCAAACUUUACCUUCGCCAAUACAUCCACGCCCUUCGCCGCCAACUCCAGUCCUUAUCAACUAAGCGAACCCCCUCACAAUUUUAAAUUCUGUUGUUUCCUCGACGAACUUAAAUCUUAUACGGACCAUAUUUGUCACUCGAUGCUCUCCAAACCAGACGGAUCAGAAAACAAUAUGUUGACGGAUACACUACUCUGUUUAACCGAUAAGGAAUGGCAGUACUUACCGCUUUGGGCAGGGGGGAAUGACGACGGCAGUGGUGGUGUGACGAGCGCGGAUGUACCACCCGCUUAUUAUGCUAAUGUGGGAGGAUUGACGCCGGGGGUUAUGUAUAAAGGGGCUAGUGGAUUUGUGGGAACUGAGACAGAAAUAGGAGCUGGGAGUCAAGUGGGGAGUCAAACUGGUACAGUGUGGGAUGAUGACGGUGAAAGUAAUACGGGAAGUGUCUUCUCGACAGGAAGUUAUGAUAUGGCUGCUAUGACGCCCACGGGAAGUGGAAGUGAAAGUGAUUUCGAAAUUGUAAGCUCUGGAGAAGAUGAAGGUGACAGUGAGAGGGAGAUGUCGGAUGGUGAGUUUGAUGAAGAGGAUAGGGAGAAUGAGAAGGGGAAGGGGAAGGGGAAGGGAAAAGAGAUAAAGGAUGAGAUGAUGGAUGAGAAUGAAGAUGGUGGGGAGGACGAUAUGGAUUGGACGAAUCAAGAAGAUUCAGAAGUGGAAGAUGAUUGGGAGCGUUCUUUUACUGAUUUGUAG